AUGUCGGACCAGUUACUACGCCUUUUAUACGCCCAACAACUCGCACAGCAACAGUCCACAUCGCAAGCCGCCCAACCCCCUCAAAAUGCGAAUCCGCUGCAGAAUUUGGCGGCCCUCUUUCAGAACGGGUUAAUGGCUCAGCCAAACAUGCUCCAAGCCUUUAUGCUGGCCCAGCAACAAGCCCAAGCGGCUAAUUUAUUAAGUAUGAUGCAACGGGGCGAUUUGAAUAACGGGUUCCAAAAUCCCUUCGAAAUGCUGAAUCGAUUGCUGGCGCGGAAAUUAGCAAAUGACAGCACUUCAAAUGGUAAUUCUUCCGCUUCACCGUCUACAAAUGAUACAGAUGGAUCCUCAAACGACUUAGAACCAGGAGAAGUCCCAAAAAAGGCUACGAAAACCCCUCCCAAGCCCAAAUCCAAGCCAGCCCCGAAGCCACCUCCAAACCCCAUGCUCGAUUAUAUUAUCAAGAAUUCUGGGGCUAUUCUUGGUCUUGGCAAGCGGCCAGCCCCUGUGGCCCAAAAUGGGACACCGGAAGUGGAUUGGAGCAAGCUGCUCGGGCUCCAGACCACACGAACACCUACUCCAAGCAAGAGGAAGGCGAAGAAGCCACAGAAAAUUGUGAUGGAGGAACCGGAAAUGUCGAUGGGACGGUUGACACCUAUUGACGAAGAAACGAAAGCUCGGCGUUCUGGCGUUCCUGAUAUUGAAUUACUUAAGAAGACCUUAACCAUGGGAUGGAGACGUCAAACUUUUGUCCGUUCUAUCACAGCUUCCGGAGUACGAGGAGAUGUAGUUUACUAUGCGCCUUGCGGAAAGAAAUUUGGAACUUAUGCAGAAGUUGUUCGGCACCUAAAUAGACUCGACAAAGCCCACGGCCUCACUCGAGAUCACUUCUCGUUCUCCUGCAAAAUGAUGGUCGGCGAAUUCGUAAUGUUCGAGCUCCAAGAAGACACCGGCGAGAAGGUGAAAAUCAUGAAAAUGACUGCCGAAGAAGUUCAAGAAGAGAUUGCCCGUUUGAACAGGCCAAAACCCCCGAAAAUCAUCCCUGAAAAAAUCCCGAAAAAGCCGAAGAAGAUCAAGGAGGAGGAGAAGGAGGAGGAGUUUGAUCAUGGGGAAGAGUUUGUCGAAGAAGCUAUUAAAGAUCUAGACGAUGCGAAGGGUAGCCGAAUCCCGGUAGAUGAUCUUCAGUUGGAUGAAAUUCGGGCACUUCCCGAUCUCGCACGUGUCGAAGGCCUCGAACUUAAAGGAAAUGGCUUUGCCGACGCAUUGAUGGUGUACGAAUUCCUCCAAAACUUCCGGCAUGUCUUGAAAAUUGAACCCCAACAAGUGCCCUCUUUGGAUGUACUCACCGCUGGGCUUGCUGGUGAUGAAAAGUACCGUACCACAAUAUUUACGUUAACAAAAACCCUCCUAACCCUGGCCCUCGAAUUCCCAGGAUUUCCAAAACACGACCCGAAUGAGCUACGCAAACAAGCCGGUGAGCUCGAGCUCUCGCGCGAUAAUUUCUCCGAAAUCAUGCGAAUGUGGCUUCAGACCCGAAAGAAGCAGGGGAUUAAGCUCUCUGAAUACCUAGCUGAUGCUCACUUUGAAUCGAUUUCCGGAGAGAAGAAAGCGGAGAUUUUGGGAUUUAUAUGUAAUGAGCUGCUGUUUUGCAGAAAUAUUAUUCGGGAAAUCGAUUCGAAUCUUGAAGAAAUUUCAAAACUCAGGGGUGAGAGGUGGAUGAGGGAAGGAAAGGUCCGAGCCCUUCGAGGAGUCCAAACGAAGAAGGCCAAGAAGAAGGAAAAAGUGAAGCAAGAAGGUGAUGCUCCGGAAGGAGAACGACCUGAGAGUCCAAUGAGCGACCACUCCCGCUCCCCAUCUCCAGCCGCUAAGAAAACCUUUACCCCUGGGAUUGGUCAAUGUGAGGUGUUGACUGAAGAGGAGCAAAACAAGACCGUUGAGGAGCUCGAGGACCAAAUCGUGGGUCUGAACGCGGAGGCCGAUGAAAUCCGAGGGAAGGUGAACGUGAUUUGCAAUCGCGUCAGGACCUUCCCGUUGGGUCAGGAUCGAUUCCAUAGAAUUUAUUGGCAACUCCCAACUGUCGAUGGGGUUUUGGUGGAAGGUGUCGAAAGUGCCGCCAAAAACAACGCAUCUGUGAAUUUGAACGAGACGUGCCAGUUUGAUCCGGUUGGGGUUACAGAUCCCGAAAGCUUCAUCCAUCCGGAUGUAAUUGCUUGUUUGGAAGAUACUAUCGAUGCGGUAAGAAUUUUCGAUAUUCUA